AUGGCCCAGGAGCGUCCUGCCUGCGCCCUGGAGCCCGAGCAGAUCCAGCGGCUGCUGCGGUGCUGCCAGGAGGCCAAGAAGUCCGCCUACUGUCCCUACAGUCACUUCCCCGUGGGGGCCGCCCUUCUCACCCGCGACGGGAGGAUCUUCUCGGGGUGCAAUGUGGAAAAUGCUUGCUAUGCCCUGGGCAACUGUGCUGAGCGCACCGCUAUCCAGAAGGCCAUUUCAGAAGGAUACAAGGAUUUCCAGGCAAUCGCUAUUGCCAGCGACUUGAAAGAUGACUUUAUCUCACCAUGCGGAGCCUGCAGGCAAGUCAUGAGAGAGUUUGGCACCAACUGGGCUGUCUUCAUGACGAAGCCGGAUGGCACAUAUAUAACCAAGACCGUUCAGGAACUGCUGCCAGCCUCCUUUGGUCCCCAGGACCUGCAUAACAUCUAGUGAAGGCCAGAGUAUGCC